GAAGAGGGCUUUUAUUAUGAUUAGAGUAUUCUAUUUUGAUGAGAAUGAUGGAAAGAUCAAUUUGAAGUUCUUGAGCAUGAUAUAAACAAAUACCAGAAAAGACAUGUAUUUCUAUUUUUAGGCUAUAAUGAGAUGUGUUUCUAAUUUUAGAGUAAUGGCAUCCACUUCGAGAGCUAAUAACGAGGCAGCAAAAUGGACUCAAAGUGAACAAGAUUAUCUCCUGAAAUUAAUGGUUGAACAAGUGAAAGUUGGUAAUAAGAGUUCCAGCACUUUCAAUAAAGGUGGGUGGAACAAUAUCAAGAAGGGGCUUGAGGAAAAAACUAAUCGGUCAUUUACGAUGGUUCAAUUAAGGAAUAAGAUGAAUAAAAUGCGAUUCGAUUACAGCGCUUUCAAGAAACUACUGGAUACUACAGGUUUUGGUUGGAAUUCUGUGACGAGGACCUGUACAGUUGAAGAUGAGAGUGUUUGGGAUGUACACAUCAAGGCAAAUCGUGAUUGGUCAAAGUUUAGGAGGAAUGGGCUACCACAUUGGCCUGAACUAUGUAUAAUUUUUGGGGAUUCAUAUGCUAGUGGGAUAGGCGGAUUCGGGAAUGAAUCUGAUUUCAGGUUUGAAGAGGAAUCGAGAGGUGUUGAUGAUGAGGUGGAUGCAGAUGUAGAUGUAACUCCAACUACUCCAUUGGCUAAUACCUUGCCAACAAGUUAUUAUGAAAGCCAAGAUCCAGGAACUGAUCGUCCUAGAGUCAACAGAAGACUUGAUAGGACACCUACAGGAUAUAGGAAGAAGAGUAGGACAACUGGUAUUGAACGCGCCAUACAGACCCUAGCCGAGUCAGUAGCAAACAAGAAUACUUCAACCCCUAGCUCAACUCCAAUGGGUCUCACUCCAAAUACCACAGAUUUCAGCACUUCUACUUGUGUUAGAUUAUUGGAAACCAUGAAUGAUAUCCCAAGAGAGUUGCAUAUUAAGGCGUGCAAGAGGAUAUUGGUGGAUCGGGAAUGGAGAGAAUUAUUCAUUACUCUCAAGGAUGAAACGAAACAAUUGGCUUUUGAUGUGUUAGAUUGAUGGAUGAUAAUCUAACCUUUUUUUUUUAUAAUAUGGAUGAUUGUAAUGAAAUACAUUUAAGACCUUUUGUAGUAGGAUGGAUAUAUUUUGUUAGGUACACUUGAUGUAAAAGUGUAAUAUGGAUAUUUACACUUUAUGCUACUUUUCUAAAUAUGCCAGUUAAAUUUUACAUCUAUUGUUGUAGCAAAAAUUCUGUUGGAUGCAAGUAGUUCUAAAUACUUAUUACAUCAUCUGAUAAUUAUGCAUGUUGGAUGAUUAUAGUUUUAUAGAUCUUUUGGUACAUUUAUUAGAGGAUAAACAUUUGUAUGAUAUUAACAAGUUUAAAAUUUAUAUUGAAUCAGUUAUGGCAAAUGUCAAUAAUACUCCAAUAAUCGCCUCUACUGACGACGAUGGAGAAGAAUUGAUUCUCGCAACAUUGUUGAUAGUACAAUAUCAUUAUUCCAGCGAUUUAUACACUAGAGAACCACGCAGGGAUAGUGCAUUCACAGGGGCAGCAUGGGUACAUGAGGUGUUGCAUGGGCAUGCAAACCGCUGUUACGAAGAAUUUGGGUUGGAACGACAUGUGUUUUUAAAUUUAUGCCUACUAAUGAGACAUCGUGGUUGGUUACAAGACAGUCGCAAAAUUAGGGUAGAUGAGCAAUUGGCAAUGUUCAUGUUCAGAAUAACAGGUGUAGGUCCUACUAAUAGAGCAGUUGAGGAGAGAUUCCAACAUUCAGGACAGACUGUCAGCUAUUACUUUGGCAAAGUAUUGCAAGGAGUGCUUAAGCUUUCUAAGGAGUAUAUCAAAGCCCCAUCGUUUGAUGAGAUUCCUAUGGAAAUAAUUGCAAACAACAAAUGGUGGCCAUAUUUUAAGGAUUGCAUUGGUGCCAUAGAUGGUACACAUGUUACUGCUAUAGUUCCCAAGGGAAAACAGAUCCCAUAUCGAGGACGGAAGGGGAUAACAACCCAAAAUGUGAUGUGUGCCUGCUCGUUUGACAUGAAAUUCACUUUUGUAUAUGCGGGUUGGGAAGGCAGUGCAAAUGAUUGUCGUGUAUUCAAUAGAGCCCUAGAGGAUCCUACCUUGCGAUUUCCUCAUCCUCCCCAAGGGAAGUAUUACGUUGUAGACUCAGGAUAUGCAAGUAGGAAUGGAUACUU